AUGCCCAAGAAGGAUGACGACGCCAAAAAGUCGGCAUCGGAAACGGCACCGGACCAGCGCUGGAAACUACAGGUCUUCUACCUCUGCUUUUACGGCUUCAUGACGCAGAUCCGGCCCGGGGAGAACUUCAUCACUCCGUAUCUCCUCAGGGCCGACAAGAACUUCACGCAGGCAGAGGUGAGCCACGGGCAGCCCGUCCCCAGUGUCCCCCUUUCCAGCUACGGUCACCACCCUGGGGCUGGCCAGAGCACCCUCUCGCAGUCCUGGGGUGCAGGCGUGCUGCAUCCCGGCCAAGGCAGCCCAGCCGACUAUCUGCGCUACAAGCCGGUGCUGGUGCUGCAGAGUCUGAGCCACAUCUCCAUCUGGCUGCUGCUGGUGUUGGGCACCUCCAUCCUGGCAAUGCAGCUGAUGGAGUUCUUCUAUGGCAUCACCAUGGCCGCCCGCAUCGCCUACUCUUCCUACAUCUUCUCCCUCGUCGCGCCGUCCCGCUACCAGCGGAUGCUGGACAAGAUGGCCGGGGGUGGCAGUGGUGGGGGGACGCGGGGCUGGCGGGAGGCGGUGCUGUGCCGUAUGCUGCGGGAGGUGGGAGCGUUGGCCAGGCAACCCCAGCUCCGGCUCUGGUCCUUGUGGUGGGUCUUCAACUCGGCCGGUUACUACCUGAUGCUGUACUACGUGCAGAUCCUCUGGAACGAGAUCUACCCCGCCACGGACAACUGCCAGGUGUACAAUGGAGNGGUCUUCACAGCAUCCUUCAUCCCCUCCCCAGGCGCCGGUGCCUCCUUCGCUGCCGGCUACGUGAAGAUCCGCUGGACGCUGUGGUCGGAGCUGGUGAUUGGGGUGGUGACGGCUUUCCAGGCUGGGCUGCUCCUGCUCAUGAACACCACCAGCAACAUCUGGCUGUGCUACGCUGCCUACGUCCUCUUCCGUGGCUCCCACCAGUUCCUGGGGCCCCUCNNNNGUUUCCAGAUCGCUACCUCCCUCUCCAAAGAGCUUUGUGCACUGGUCUUCGGGAUCAACACCUUCCUCGCCACUGUGCUGAAGACCAUCAUCACCAUCAUCGUGGCUGACAAGAGGGGCUUCGGUUUGUCUGUGCAUCCCCAGUUUUAUGUGUAUUUCGGCUACUUCAUGCUGCUUGCCGUGGUCUACAUC